CCCAGAAGAGAGACAGCAGAGAGAGGAGGAGACUCCACCAGGAGACAUCAGACCACAGAGGAGAGACAGCAGAGAGUGGAAGGGAGCGGUCAUCGCGGGUAUUAUGGACGGACGUCCUGUUGCUCCACCUGGACUGGAAUAUCUUCUUCAGGUCAAUGGACUCUUCAUGAAAGAGACAAGGAGCGGUAUAUUCCAGAAUUAUAAUACCUAUGAUUUGUUUGGCACCGAUGGCCAACUUGUGUACCAAGCCACCGAGCAGCGGGAAUGUUGUGGCCCUCGGAUGGAUUGCAGGGUUGCCAACACCCAAGGAUAUAAUGUCCUGAACCUUCUCGUGCCUUUAGAGUGCUGUAGCUGUGACACCAAGUUGCAGGUCUCCAGUUCCUCCGGGGAGCUCCUCGGCUACAUAAUCCAAGAGUGGACAAGUUUUACCUUAAGCUUCGACAUCUUGGAUCCAUCGGGACUUGUUUGUCUUAAUGUGAAAGGUCCAGGAUGGGGGGAAGGCUUCAUGUCUGACCUCCACUAUAAGAUUCUCUCUGCUGAUAGAAUAACACAAAUAGGAGUCAUCACACGUGUGUGGCGGGGGUUACACAACGAGAUGUUCAGCAUUAAAGACAACUAUACCAUCAAUUUCCCGAUGGACCUCCAUGUCUCCAUGAAAGCCAUGCUAAUGGCCUCCGCCUUAUUCAUUGACCUUCUGAUUGAAGAGCGCAGGCGCCGACAACGGUCCCAAGCUGCGAGCCACCGCUGAUUGGAAGAUAUCCCAGCCAAUUCACAGACUCCUCUCUUAUAAAGGAUCACAUGUCAUAUAGAGAAUUUCCUAACAAUCCAAGAAACCUACACGGAUCAAUUUUAUUCAAUAUGAUUUAUAUAUACUGUCAGAACAUUUGGGGUUAAAAGAAUACAUAUAAGAUCGCACAUUUUGUGUCUUAAGUUGAGUCACAGUUCAAAACCUGUGAAUAAGGCUGUGUUACCAGAAGGACUUUAUGUCUCACAGGGGGGUGUAUAAUCCUUAUAUAUGCCAUCUCCCAGGUCAUAUCUCUUUUGAGUUCGACACUAAUGCCUUGUUUCCACUGAACGGAACGGUUCGGGUCAGUAGAUUUGGAACGGUUUAGAACGGACCGGUCUAUUGUCGUGAGCGUUUCCACUGCAAAUCGGACUGUUGGGACCAUACAGGAUUUAGAAAAAAUGCCUAGCACGUCCACCAA